UCCACAUUUGACCCUGUGUGUGCCAUGAUUAACUAGACAUCCGGGCUGUGUGGAUGGAAGAUGGCGACACUUAUCCUCCCUGCUGAAUGGUUCAAAAACUGGGAAAAAUCAGGAAAACAAGAGUUCGUUCAACUCUGCAAAGACCUAACAGAGAAAACAGAUCAUGGGAGUCAAAUUCGAGAGAUACAGGCUGCCUUGUACGAGCUCUGCCACCAGGUUGUGCAGGGAAACCUGAAGUUGGAUCUUGUCGUCGGUGUCCUUGGGGACAUGAUGGACCUCAGAGACGACAUGCCAUCAGUUUUAGCAGAUGUGUUCAGUAUACUCGAUUUAGAGACUGGUGCACUGGAAGAAAAAAACAAGCGUGACCACUAUACACAAUUGGUUGGAGCUUGUUUGUUUUUUGUCCCUGAGGCCAUCCUAAAGGAGAGGCUGGAUCCAGAAACCCUCGAGUCCCUCGGACUCAUCAAACAAGCCCACCAGUUCAAUCAGAAGAUUGUAAAAAUCAAGACAAAACUUUUUUACAAGCAGCAGAAGUUCAACUUGCUAAGGGAAGAAAAUGAGGGCUACGCUAAACUGAUCACUGAGCUGGGACAAGACCUGUCAGGCAACAUCACCAGCCACAUCGUCUUGGAGAGCAUCAAAUCCCUAAUAGGAUGCUUCAACCUAGACCCUAACCGUGUCUUGGACAUAAUCUUGGAGGUAUACGAGAGUCGAUCUGACCAAGAUGACUUCUUCCUGUCCCUCAUCAAAUCCUAUAUGUGUGAGCCUCUCACACUUUGCCACAUUUUGGGCUUCAAGUUCAAAUUUUACCAGGAACCCAAUGAGGAAACCCCCAAGUCACUUUACCACAUUGCUGCUGCUUUGCUUCACCAUAACUUGAUAGAGCUGGAGGAUCUCUACAUACAUCUCAUGCCACUAGAUGCCGCUAUUGUGGAGGAACACAAAAAUGAGAUCUCGGAGGCCAAGCAGAUUGCUCGCAAGCUGGUGAUGGUCGUGCUGCCUUCUGACAAGAAUGAAGACAAAGAAAAGGAGAAGGACAAGGAAGAGGAAAAGAAUGACAAGCCACCUGAUAACCAGAAGCUCGGACUCCUGGAAGCCCUGCUUAGGAUUGGAGACUGGCUCCACGCCCAGAGUAUUAUGGACCAGAUGCCUUCUUUCUACGCUACUUCGCACAAGCCCAUUGCACUGGCGCUUUGCCAGCUUGUGCACCUGACUGUGGAGCCUCUCUACAGAAGGGCUGGCGUUCCGAAAGGGGCACGGGGAUGUGUAAUGCAUCCACUGAGAAACAAGCGAGCCCCUCAGCCUGCUGAGAACUUUGAGGACUUGCGCAGGGACAUAUUCAGCAUGCUCGGCUACCUGGGCCCUCACCUCUCCCAUGACCCCAUCCUUUUCGCCAAGAUUGUGCGUUUAGGCAAGGCCUUUAUGAAAGAGUACCAAAGUGAUGGAAACUCUGAGGUCAGAGACAAGAUGGAAACACUGUUGAGUUGUUUCCUGAGUGUUGCAGACCAGGUGCUACUACCCUCCCUCAGUCUGAUGGAGUGUAAUGCUUGCAUGUCUGAGGAACUGUGGGGGCUCUUCAAACUCUUUCCCUACUAUCACAGGUACCGGUUAUAUGGGCAAUGGAAAAAUGAGACUUACUCCAGCCAUCCGCUGUUGGUUAAAGUCAAAGCUCAGACUGUGGAAAGAGCCAAAUAUAUUAUGAAGCGGUUGACCAAAGAGAAUGUGAAACAAUCUGGAAGGCAGAUUGGCAAACUGAGCCAUAGCAAUCCCACCAUCCUCUUUGAUUAUAUGCUCUCCCAGAUCCAGUGGUACGACAACCUCAUCGUUCCAGUGGUGGACUCUUUGAAAUACCUCACAUCUCUCAACUACGACGUGUUGGCCUAUUGCAUCAUCGAAGCACUUGCCAACCCCGAGAAGGAGAAGAUGAAGCAUGACGACACCACCAUCUCCUCAUGGCUUCAGAGCCUGGCAAGUCUGUGUGGAGCCGUGUUCAGAAAGUACCCCAUUGAGCUGGCCGGCCUCCUUCAGUAUGUCACCAACCAGCUCAAAGCAGGAAAGAGCUUUGACCUGCUGAUCCUGAAGGAGGUGGUGCAGAAAAUGGCUGGCAUUGAGAUUACAGAUGAGAUGACCUCGGAGCAACUGGAAGCGAUGACGGGAGGGGAGCAGCUCAAAGCUGAGGGAGGCUACUUUGGGCAGAUCAGGAACACAAAAAAGUCAUCGCAGCGACUGAAGGACGCUCUGCUCGACCACGAGCUCGCAUUGCCACUGUGUCUCCUCAUGGCUCAGCAGCGAAACGGCGUGGUGUUCUUGGAGGGAGGAGAGAAACAUCUCAAACUUGUUGGCCACCUUUAUGACCAGUGUCAUGACACAUUGGUGCAGUUUGGUGGCUUUCUGGCCUCCAACCUCAGCACAGAGGAUUAUAUCAAGCGGGUCCCCUCCAUCGACAUCCUUUGUAACCAGUUCCACACUCCACAUGAUGCUGCCUUCUUUCUGUCUCGGCCAAUGUAUGCCCAUCAGAUUUUGUCCAAGUACGAUGAGCUGAAGAAGGCAGAAAAAGGCAAUCGGCAGCAACAGAAGGCACACAAGUAUGUGGCAGCCUGUGAACAGGUGAUGGCGCCAGUGCACGAGGCUGUGAUAUCGCUCCACCCAGCCAGGGUCUGGGAUGACCUCCGCCCUCAGUUCUACGCCACCUUCUGGUCGCUAACCAUGUACGAUUUGGCCGUGCCGCAGUCUGCCUACGACCGUGAGGUCAAUAAGCUAAAGGCCCAGAUCAAAGCCAUCGAGGAAAACCCCGAGAUACCAUUGAAUAAGAAAAAGAAGGAGAAGGAACGUUGCACGGCCCUGCAGGAGAAACUCCAAGAGGAGGAGAAGAAGCAGUUGGAGCACGUACAAAGAGUUCUGCACCGGCUCAAACUGGAGAAGGACAACUGGUUGUUGGCCAAGUCCACGAAGAAUGAGACCAUUACAAAGUUCCUGCAGCUCUGUCUGUUCCCUCGCUGCAUCUUCUCGUCCAUCGAUGCCGUGUACUGCGCCCGCUUCGUUGAGCUGGUCCACCAGCAGAAGACACCCAACUUCUGCACCCUGCUGUGCUACGACAGAGUGUUUUCUGCGACCAUUUACACCGUGGCCAGCUGUACGGAGAACGAGUCCCACAGAUACGGACGCUUCCUCUGCUGCAUGUUGGAGACGGUGACCCGCUGGCACAGUGAUCGCGCCAUCUAUGAGAAGGAGUGUGUCAAUUACCCCGGCUUCCUGACCAUCUUCAGAGCCACGGGCUUUGACGGAGGAAACAAAGCAGAUCAGCUAGAUUAUGAGAACUUCAGGCAUGUGGUGCAUAAAUGGCACUACAUGCUGACUAAAGCUUCGGUUCACUGCCUGGAAACGGGAGAUUACACCCACAUCAGGAACAUUCUGAUUGUGCUCACCAAGAUCCUGCCGUGCUACCCGAAGGUCCUGAACCUGGGCCAAGCGCUGGAGUGCCGUGUCCACAAGAUCUGCCUUGAGGAGAAGGAUAAGAGACCAGAUCUCUAUGCCUUAGCAAUGGGUUAUUCAGGUCGCUUGAAAAGCCAGAAGGUUCACAUGGUUCCAGAGAAUGAGUUUCACCACAAGGAACAGCCAGCGCGCACCACGCCUGCCAGUCAGCAGAACGGCCCCGGCAGCACCGGCAAGCCCGCCACCAGCACCAGCAAGAUGGAGGAGGGGACAUCGGAGGACGGCGACCGGGGAAAGGAUAAAUCUCAGGGGACUACAAAACCAGUGAACAAAGCCAACAGUGCAGCAGCCAAAGUGACCACCAGCAACGGGAAUGGUGCUCUCAACAGCACCAAAACUGUUAAAGAUCGGGACGACAAAGAAAAGAGUGGGAAGGAGAAAAAAGAGAAAAAGGAGAAGACACCAGGCGGCAUCUCCGAUACAAAGGCAGAGAACAGACGAGAGAAGCAGAGAGAUGAGAGAGCAGGGAAGGAGGAGCGAAUGCCGCGUGAGGGUAAGGAGAAGACCCCAAAGGCAGAUCGGGAAAAGCUGAAGUCAGAGGAGAAGAGCAUCAAAGACGACAAGGCCAAAGCCGGAAACGGGGAGCCAAUGGAACCGUCCAGGGAGCGUGACGCCAUCAAGGAGUCCAAGAGCAAGGAGAAAGGCGACAGGAAUGCUAUGCCGGGGUCCCUCAAGUCACCAGGCUCGAGAUCCGAGUCCGCUGAAUCUGAGAGGGAUCAUAAAAGACGAAAGCUCGACAGCCACUCUUCCCCGUCCCACUCCUCAUCUGUAAAGGACAAUAGCAUCGAACCCAAGGAGUCCACAUCCAAGCACCACAUCACCUACAAUUCACUCUCGCGGUCCAAGAGCAGAGAGAGGGAGCUGGACAAGAAAGACUCAGAGAUCAUACAAGGCCGAUCCAAAGAGAAGAAGGAAGAAAAGGAUCGCAAAGAGAGGAAAAGAGAACACAACAUCAAUGAUCGAGAGACGAGCCAAGAAUCCAAACGCAGGAAGGACGAGAACGGCACCAAUUCCUCCAAAAACAGCAAGAGCACAAGUCCUUCCAGUGACUCCCCGCUGUCGGUGGAGAAGGAGAAGAGCAAACGAAAAUCAUCCAGCAAGGAGAAGAUGGAGUCUGUGAAAGCGGAGCGAACGUCCUCCGGGGGGAAAAAGGAGUCCAGACAUGACAAAGAAAAGAAAGAGAAGAGGGACAGCAGCGGCGGGAAAGAGGAGAAAAAGCAAUAUCCUUACAUGUAGACAGAGACUGUGUCGCUCGGCGGCAGUGGUUCGCGCUCUACGGUCUGCUCACUGAAUCCCAUCCAAAGCGGCGGAGGACACCUGCUCUGCGCCAAUCCGUCAUCCUGAGUUCACUCACUAAAAUUUAGUGUCGCCACUUUGUGCCGGGUGCAGCUGCUCGCCGCUCCGAGUCUGUUUUCCAUUACGGGGGAAAUGACUUCCAUUUCUAUCCAUUGUGUGUCACGAAGCGCACUGGAGAUCCAAUAAACGCCGCGGCGGAUGUCACUCCGCAGCGAGACGCCAGCCAACGGGACCUGCUUGUAAACAUAAUUAGCACACUAAUCCUCAUGGUAGAAGUGUGGGACUUGUCUGAUUCGAGCAUUAAACCGUCGACUCAUGUCUGUCCUGGAUAAAGACCCUCCCUCUGAUCCGGGGAGCCGGGCUGAGGAUCCUUCCAGGACAGCUGUAAUGUUCCACUUUCAGACAAGUUUUCACAUUCUUGUUUUUUUCACCCCCUGGUUAAAUGAUGCGAGAUGUCGAUUCGAAGUCUGUACACCAGCUUCCGUUUAAUUGAUUCGUCAUCAGAGUCCGACUGAAGCUGCUCCCAGAUGAUUUUCCACGUCCUGACAGAGCGCUGGCACGUCGGCGUCUCGCUGGGGUUAAUUUUAGCAUUUCCCUUAACAGGCACACUCAUAAAUCCUCUGACAAGCACAGAUAAUGUGCGUUAAUCAGUGAGGGUAAGACCCGUUGGGCCUCCUCAGAACCCGCUCCUGAAAGCAGCCUCGUUCAGUGUCCGACGCGUUCUCGGUCCUCUUUGAUCCUCGCGUGCCGCCGCUGCCGCUGCUGCAGAACUGGAGACGCUGUGCUUUUAUCUGCGAGACAUCUGCACCUCCAUCUGUACUCCGUUGUUAACUCCAACUCCGAUUUCUUUCUGCCUGGUGUUUUUGUUUUUGUUUUUUUCGCUGUCCUGUAAACUCCCGGCCCCGGUGUUGUAGUUCACCUCACAGACUUUCAAACCUUCACUUAAACCAGCUCGGAUGUUUCGGUUCUUUUUUUUUUUUUUUCUUUUUUAUUACUGACUAUGGACACAAUGUGCAGCCAUAUUCACAGUGUUAUUGUUUUUACUACAGAAGAGGUCACUGUAUGAAAUGAUCUCUUGGUAGCAUCUGGUCAUGGAUUCAAUACCCCCAUGCUUGGAAAAUGUGGAUUUUUUUUUGUUUUGUUUUGUUUUUUGUACUUGGCCCAGCUUUGCUUUUUUUGCUCAUUUUAUUAGAGAUAACAUGCUUUCCAUGCUCACUUACCUCAAAUCCUUCUGAGAUAUUUAGAUACCUUUUAUUUAUUUAUCUCCGUCUUUUAAUCCGAGUCAGACCGUAGAUGUAAGUGAGGAAGCGUACAAAGGACCAGUUUGUAAAUUGUGUACAAUAAUAAAGAGUGUAACAUGAAAUUCACAUCAUGUUAUUUCUGUUUUUUUGUUUUUAAAUUGAUGUCCCAUGCUGUUCUUUUGUGAGCUUUUUUUUUUUCGUUUUGUUUUCUGUUAAUCAGGUUUUUACAUAAUUUAUAAAAAAAAAAAAAAAAGUCAAUUCAAUCUUGAUUCAAAUGCAAAAUUGUAAAGAAAAAAAAAUCCUGAAACAAUUCUGAGCUCAGUACUCCAAAUGGAACUGCUUUGGAAAAUGACAUUUGGAGAUUUUAUCUGCUGUACUCAAUGAGUGUAAGCUUUUUUUUUUUCCCUUCUUUUCAUUUAUUUUUUAAGACGAACCCCAAUAAAUAGUUUUCCUAGUGUGUCACUUUGA